CGUGAGCGUCGGCCGAUGGGCGGACACAUUUCACCGCGUAUUUACAUUUUGCGAUUGCAGAGAGAUUGCAGACACAAAAAAUUGCUAAUAAGUCACGCGGUGACGUCAAACAUGAAAUCCAUACUCCUUGUGCUUAUAAUUCUUAUGACUUCCUUAGAAGGAAGGUCGCAAAAUCUUCCAAAUAUAUUACUAAAUUUAAUCUUCCCUAAGGAGCCUGGUUUAACGAGAGUAAGAAAAAUGGAUCCAAUAGACAGAAUAAACAAUGCAAAACUAUUGGAUUUCAUUGGCCUGGUGGAACAAUACGGUUAUCCUGCUGAGGAGCAUAACGUCACAACAGAAGAUGGUUAUAAUCUGAAGAUACAUAGGAUACCUGGAAGUCCAUUGUUAAAUAAUACGAAAAAGAAAGAAAUUGUAUUCAUGCUACACAGUAUGUUGGUUUCAUCUGAUUACUGGGUAAUAUAUGGUCCCAGUAAAGAUCUUGCAUUUUUAUUAGCAGAUCAAGGAUAUGAUGUAUGGAUUGGAAAUAUGAGAGGGAAUAGUUACUGCAGAUCACAUGUGAAUAUGACGAUAUACGAUCCCAAAUUCUGGCAGUAUAGCUUUCACGAGGUUGGAACAAAAGAUCUGCCGGCCAUGUUAAGUUACAUUCUCAAUUAUACAAAGCAAAAAGAUUUAUAUUAUAUUGGUCAUUCAAUGGGAGCAACUUCGUUAUUUGCUCUUUUGUCAUCAAAACCGGAAUACAAUAUGAAAUUAAAAGUGGCCAUUUGCCUGGGUCCAGCUGCUUUUUGGAAGAAAGUAACACCUACAUUGAUCGAAGUAGCUAACAUUUUUCCAAUAUCAAUGGAAUUUCUACGACAGAAUAAAAUAUAUGAUUUUUUACCACAAUCUUUAACGUUGGUUACGUUAGCAAGAACGUUCUGUAAUGACAAUGCAAUAACUCAAAGUAUUUGUGCCAAUGUAAUAUUUGCAAUCGUAGGUUCUGAUCCAGCUCAACUUAACACUACAACCCUGCCGGAUAUAGUAUCCUAUGGUCCAGCUGGCGUUUCUAUACAAACAUUAGAGCAUUAUUAUCAAAAUAUACUUACAAAGGAUUUUCGAAACUAUGAUUAUGGAAUAGCUGAAAAUUAUAAGCGAUAUAAACAGAAAACACCCCCAAGAUAUGAUGUUAAAAAGAUUACUGCUCCGAUGAUGUUAUUUUAUGGAGCAAAUGAUAAGCUUGCUCUAAAAGAGAAUGUGUUGGAUCUAAGUGAACGCUUACCAAAUGUUCUUUUAACUGAGGAAGUACCGUAUAAAUUUUUCAAUCACUUAGAUUUUGUGUGGGCAAUCGAUGUAAAAACUCUUUUAUACAAUCGUAUAUUAGAACUAAUAGAAAAGUAUGAUACUAACCAAAUUAUACCUAUGAAAUGAAUUUAAUCGAUAUAUGUAAAUUAAAUGGAAAGAAACUCUAAUCUCUUUGUAUAAUUUAAAAUGUUAAUAAAUAUGGAAUUGUGCUAAAAACAAUGAGCAAAUUGUGUGUGUAUUUUUGCAUACAAAUAAAAAGAUGUAGCUUAGCUAUAAAUAUCUAUGAAUAAAAUACGGCCCUCUAGAGCUUU